AUGCAGACGCCUCCGGUGCUGCAGCCAGACACUAAUGACCAGGCCAACGACGAAGACGACGUCGAGCCAUGCGCCACAGGAUGUGUCUGCAACGUUGUCGAGAGAAAUGGCUACACCUUCAAGGCACACUAUCAACAACUCUCGCAACCGGAGCAGCAGCCACAGCUACAGCAGCAACAGCAUCAGCAGAGCCAAGAGAUUCACUUGCAGCCAUCGGCCAGCGGGAUGACGACGCAUAAGGGCAAACGGGAUUGGGAUAUUAACGAUGCGAUCGUGCCGCAGGUGGCCGACAUUGAGUUCGAUGAGUUCAGCGAGUGGAGCGACGGGCAUGUUCGUCUGGUCUACUCGGUGCACAACGAGGAGGCCAAGAAGCACAUCUCUGGCUGGGCGAUGCGCAACACCAACAACCACAACGUGAACAUACUGAAGAAGAGCUGCCUGGGUGUGCUGGUCUGCUCGCACCACUGCACGCUGCCCAACGGCUCCAAGAUCAAUCUGCGCCCGGCCAUCUGCGACAAGGCGCGCCGCAAGCAGGAGGGCAAGGCCUGCCCCAACAAGAGCUGUCGCGGCGGGCGACUGGAGAUAAAGCCCUGCCGCGGACACUGCGGCUACCCGGUGACACAUUUCUGGCGGCACUCGGGCAAUGCCAUCUUCUUUCAGGCCAAGGGCGUGCACGAUCAUCUGCGGCCCGACCCCAAGAACUCCAGCGUCUCGAAGCGUGCCUUCGGCCGGGUCUCCCUGACGGGCAGCAAGGCAAGCAGCACAUCCGUGGCCAGGGCGCCCAGUGCGCCCAAAAAGUCGGUCAUGGCGGGCUUGGUCAAGCAGGUGAAGCAGCAACAGAAUCUCAUGGGCAAGGUGCUCAAGCGCAGCAACGCCAGCAAUCCGCUGGGCCACUCGGCCUUGGAAAUAUAUCAAUUCAAUGCCUGUGGCAAGUGCACCACGUACAGCCACUGCACGUGCAGCUAUCUGGAGGAGACGACGCGCGCCCAUCAGCUCAGUCAAACGUCCAACUAUAUGAGCAGCUCCUGGCCGCUGGCCAACGCUGAUUCCGCGCCCUGCGAGUCGUCGGGCAAUGUAUAUACCGUGAACCAUCAGCACAUUACCUACAACUAUCCCAUUUAUCAUGCCACGCCCGCUGCCGCAACUGCCGCGCCGAGCAAGUCGCCCAGCUUGCCCUACACGUGCAUCUCGGAGCUGGCCGCCUAUCAGCCGGCGCUCAACAUGCAGUCCAGCUCCAGCUACAGCAAUGCCAUCGCCAGCAGCUGCCAGCAGCUGGCGUACGAAUCCAGUCCGCAGCUGGCCACGCCGGAGCCGGAGUUUAUCAACUACUCGCAAAUAAAGCAUCUGGGCAACGGCACGGAGCUGGGCUGCAAGAAUGAAACGAUGCCCACCAUCAAGUACAAUGCGACCGUGGAGACGCAGCCUGUGCCGGGCUAUGCGGCCAGCGUGGAGGACAACUACGACUAUUACUACAAUCGCGAAUCCCACAAGUCCGACUACGAGCUGCAGCAGCAGUUCGGCAACGUAUCCGGCCAUGCACACUACUACGAGAGCGCCAAUAGUUACAGCGGCGUUAGUUACUUCGACACGGGCACCACAGCGCCGGGUAAUGGCAACGGCAUCAGCAGCGGCUACGGCAGCUACUACGAUCACUAUGCCAACUACGAGCAACAGAUGGCGGCGGCGAACGGCUUUGCUGCCGCUGGGAGCGCUGCGUCAAGCAGCGUAGGCGCCGCGCCAACAGUGGCAGUGGCGCCACCUACACCAACGCUCACCUAUCAUCACCAUCACCAUCAUCAUUUACACCACGCGUCGCAACACGCCCCGCAAUCAACACACGCGGCCCAUUGAUAGUACUUACUCAUAGUUC